AUGUCUAUUGACGGGGAUGAGAGUGCGAGAGCUUCGGCUUCGGCGGCAACGGAGCACACCCCUCUGCUACGCGAUGCUGAUCCCGUCAAUUCCGCCCCGCCAAAUGAAGAGCAACCAACGACUGAAGAGGUCAGCACCAAGGAACUGAUCAUCAUCCUGGGAAGUAUCUGGGUCGGCGUGUUUCUAGCAGCACUUGACACAACAAUUGUUGCGACACUCUCCGCUCCCAUUUCCUCCUCCUUCAACUCGUUCUCUUUACUUUCAUGGUUGGCCACCUCAUACUUGAUUUCAAAUGCUGCUUGUCAACCACUCAGCGGUCGGCUGACUGAUAUUUAUUCGCGUCGGUGGGGACUGGUCUUCUCAAACAUCUUCUUCGCACUCGGGAACCUGAUCUGUGGGUUGGCAAAGACCGAGAACACAAUGAUUCUUGGUCGCGUUGUUGCGGGAAUUGGAGGAGGUGGCCUGACAGCUAUCUCGACCUUUGUGACCUCGGACUUGGUUCCCCUUCGCAAACGAGGCAUCUGGCAGGGUAUCGGCAACAUCUGCUAUGGGGCCGGAAGCGGUCUCGGUGGUGUCUUUGGUGGUUGGAUCAACGACACGCUAGGAUGGCGAUGGGCAUUCUUGCUCCAAAUCCCUUUCCUGGUGAUCUCAUGCAUCUUGGUCGCGUUCAAGGUCAACAUCCCAGUGAGGGAAUCGGACCAGUCCCGCAUCAGGCGUGUUGAUUUCCUGGGUGCCAUCACCCUCGUACUGACGCUGGUCACACUGCUGGUAGGCUUGAACACUGGCGGGAACCAGGUGCCAUGGACACACCCAAUUGUCCUCACAUCCCUGCCGCUUUCCGCGGUGUUCCUGGGCUUAUUCAUUUAUGUGGAAGCUCGGGUUGCGUCGGAGCCUGUCAUUCCCGUGAAGCUCCUUUUGAACCGCACGGUCGCAGCAGCUUGCUUGACAAAUUGGUUUACCACGAUGGCAAUCUUCGGUCUGCUGUUCUACCUUCCCUUGUAUUUCCAAGUCCAGGGACUGUCAGCCACUGCCGCUGGAGUCCGCUUGAUUCCUCAAGCGCUUGGCACGUCCAUGGGCUCCCUGGGUUGUGGAUUUAUAAUGCGAUCCAGUGGUCAGUAUAAAUUGUUGAACUGUGGGGCUAUGGCGUUGCAGGUGGCCGCGGGGGCACUGGUCUGUACUUUGAACUUUUCCACCCCGUCAUGGCUGCCAUUCCUCUACUUCUUCCUCCUUGGAGUUGCGUAUGGCAGCAUGCUCACCAUCACGCUUGUUGCUCUUAUCUCUGCUGUGGAUCACGAGCACCACGCCGUGGUUACAUCAGCAUCCUAUGCAUUCCGCAGCACCGGUAGCACGGUCGGAAUCACAAUUGCAUCGGCCGUGUUCCAGAACACAUUGAAGGUCGGGCUGUGGUCUCGCUUUGGUGACCGCAAGCAUGCAGCUGAGCUUAUCUCAAAGCUGCGAGAUAGCAUCGAUGAGAUUCGCAAACUUCCUCAGGACUGGAUUCCAGGCGUACUGGAUGCAUAUAUGAGCUCUCUGCGGGCAGUAUUCUUGACGUUGUUAGGAUUGGCGGUGUUGGGGGCCUUGUCUAGCAUUGCCAUGCGUGAGCAUAAGUUGCACAACAACCUGUCUCGGCGCUGA